AUGUCAUCGCUUCGACCUGGUCAACAAUAUUGUUACCGUGUUGGAGAUGCCGAUAGAAUGAACAACAGCAACAAUACAUCACCAUGGAGUGACUGGAAGCAAUUCACUACUGUGCCCGACGACGAUCAAUCACCCGUGUACUUUGCAGCCAUUGCUGACUCUGGUACUUAUGGCAAUGUAUCCAAUGUGAUGAAGUCCUUGUCCAGCGAUCCAGACAUCACAAUGGUGGUCCACGGAGGUGAUCUGUCUUAUGGAUUGAAGGAUCAGGUUUGGGAACUGUUUGGAAACAUUGUGGAGCCGGUUACAAGUAUCAAGCCAUUCAUGGUCAUACCUGGAAACUGGGACGUGAAGCCCGACGCCAUUGGAUCAUUCCUCAAUCGGUAUAAGAUGCCAUUGGCCUAUCCCAACCCGACUACCACCUUGACAAAUGGUAGUAUCACUUCUACCAACUUCAACAUGUUCUACGCACUACCCUACAACACUGCAUACAUGAUCAUGUUGUCAUCGUACGACCCUCUGGACAAGGAUAGCGUGCAAUACUCCUGGUUGCUGGACCAACUCGUCUACGUCAAUGACAGGAGGGAUGUCUAUCCAUGGCUGGUGAUCUUCCUCCACAGCCCAAUGUACACCUCAUCACAGGGACAUGGUGGCAGUGACCUCAAGAUGCGAGAGUUACUGGAGCCCCUGCUCACUGAGUACCUAGUCAAUGUGGUGGUCUCAGGUCAUGACCAUGGCUACGAGCGUACAUACCCAGUGCAGGGCGGCCAGGUGCUCAACGAGGAGAGAAACAACUAUGUCAAGUUUGAUGGCACAAUCCAUGUGUUGGCGGGUACGGGUGGAGCAGACCUCGACCCGUGGAUGGACUACCCUAGUUGGACAGCUCAUCGCGAGAGCUCAGUGGGAUACACCAAGUUCAAGGCCACAUACGAUCGACUCGAUGUCACGUACCUUCGUGUUGACGGCAGCACUGGAGACAGUUUUGUACUCCAUCGCAAUUCUGGACAGUUCCGCCAUCAUCUUAGAACGAAGAGUGACGACGAACUACCCUUACUCCUAGAAUUCCUCAUACUGGUGUCAGUGGUACUUCCAGUAGCUGCAUGCCUUCGAAUCUGUUGUCCAAAACGACAAGUUAUCAGCAAUGAUCAUUACUACAAAAUGCGAAUGCGUUCAUCCCUAGUGUAG